ACGCACAAUACCACCACCAAGAACACUCACCCUUCAACCCGUCUCUCUCUCUCUCUCUCAAAAAGCCCAAGAAGAUGGCCGAACUCAUCUUCAACACCUGUCUGAAUUAUCUGGUACUUGCCCUCGGCAUCAUCAUGUUGUUGUCCGAAUUGCCAUCACCAGCAAACGCAGCUUCAGUUGAGUACAACGUGGUCUCUCUUGGCGCGAAAGCCGAUGGCAAGACUGACUCCAGCAAGGCCUUCCUGAGCGCAUGGGCGUCGGCUUGCGCGUCAACAAGCGCCGCCACCGUCUACGUGCCACAGGGCCAGUUCUUUGUGCAGUCCGCCUCCUUCAAUGGGCCAUGCAAGAACUCGGCCAUCACGGUGCAAAUCGACGGCACUCUCAUUGCGCCUUCCGACUACAACGUGAACGGGAAUGUGGGGAACUGGAUCAUAAUCAGGGACGUGAAGGGGGUGUCCGUGCUUGGGGGAACCCUCGACGGGCAAGGCACGGGCUUCUGGGCUUGCAAGCUCUCCGACAAGAGCUGCCCUUCCGGUGCUACGAACUUGGAAAUCAGCAACUCCCAAAACGUAUUGGUGAGCGGACUCAGCUCCCUCAAUAGCCAGAUGUUCCACAUCGUCAUCAACGAAUGCCAGAACGUUAAGAUGCAAGGCGUGAAGGUGUCGGCCUCUGGGACCAGCCCCAACACCGACGGUAUCCAUGUUGGCGCCUCCACCGGCGUCACCAUCCUCAACUCCAAGAUCGGGACAGGCGACGACUGUGUCUCCAUCGGCCCCGGCAGCAACAAUCUCUGGAUCGAAAACGUUGCUUGCGGACCCGGACAUGGCAUCAGCAUUGGGAGCCUGGGCAAGGAUCAACAAGAGGAUGGCGUCCAAAACGUGACGGUUAAGACGGUCACGUUCACCGGCACGCAAAAUGGAGUUAGGAUCAAGUCGUGGGCCAGGCCGAGCAAUAGCUACGCCAGGAACAUCCUCUUUCAGCACGUCACCAUGAACAAAGUCCAAAACCCGAUCAUUAUCGAUCAGAAUUACUGCCCCGACUCCGGUUGCCCUAAUCAGGCUUCGGGCGUAAGAGUGAGCGACGUGACGUACCAAGACGUCCACGGGACAUCAGCGACCGAGGUGGCCGUGAACUUUGACUGCAGUUCAGAGUACCCGUGCACCGGAAUAACGAUGCAAGACGUGAAGCUAACCUACGGGAGCCAAGUGGCCACAGCAUCUUGUGCCCAUGCUGGGGGCACAGCUUCGGGCGUGGAACAGCCCUCCAGUUGCUUGUAGUUGUCCCCAAAUAAAGGGAAAAAAAAGAUAGCAACUCUAAUCUUAAUUAGGGUUGGUGAAGUUAGUCAUACUUAUUUAGUCAUGUGAGUCCUAAUAUUUGACUUAGGACCAGAAGAAAAUAGGUAGUAGGAAACAGAUUGUCCAGUGGAUAACACAAAUUGGGUGCUUGAGCCUGUGGCGUGUCCUAGCUCACAUUAGUAUGGGCUGGACUAAUGGAGCCUGGCCUUGCAUCCAAAUUCUAUUAGUCCAAUAUUGGAAGUGUUCUCUUUAUGUCACAGACGUUGAAAUGAAUUCGGCUUGCCAGAGUCCGAUUCUUAACCA